AUGGCAGAGAGAAGGAAAGAGGAAGAAGAACGCCGAAGGCAAGAGGAAGAGGAACGUAAACGCAAGACUGAGGAAGAGAAACGUAAGAAGGAGGAGGAAAAGAAGAAGCGUCAACAGAUGAUGGCUGGUCUAAAGGUGUCUACUACUCCCAACUUCUCCAUCAACAAAAAGGAAAAGUCAGCCGAAAAGUUCGAUAAGUUUGGCAAUAUUGUCAAAGCGAAAGCCGAAAUGGGACUCACCAAAGAACAACAAGAGGAAGCAAAAAGAAAAUAUUUGUCUGAGGCAUCGUUUCAGACUCUCAGGGCGAAAGUCAAAGACCUUCAUCAAAGAAUCUGUCGACUCGAGGCGGAGAAAUAUGACCUGGAAAAACGUGGCGAACGUCAAGACUACGAUCUCAAGGAAUUGAACGAACGUCAACGGCAAAUCGCCCGAAACAAGGCAAUGAAGAAAGGCUUGGACCCAGACGAAGUCGCCAACUCCAGACAUCCGGUAGUUUUACGAUUUGUUGAUAAUUUUGCAUAUGGUCAAAGUAGUGAACGCACAGAUCGAACACGUUGA